AUGUCGCGCACCACUCGUUCUGGUGCUAGAGUAUCACCACCUCCCAAGGCAAGCUCAGGAACUCGAGUGGUGCGAGGCAAUAAGUCCAAAGCUCUAGCAGGUCCAAGUAGGAGACCAACUAGAAAAUCCAAUCGAAGUACAAGUCACUCUUCCCGCAAAAAGAAGGCUCCUGUUCUCGAGACCGAUCCGGUCGAGGUCGAUAGUCAAAGUGAAGAUGAUUUACCGGAUGAUGAGGAUAUUUACAAAGAGUUGGAAUCAGAGGAUGAAGAAUCCGAUACUGCGGACGACUCCGACAAUGAAGUUAUUGAAGCCUUGGCCAGAAGGCAACCGAAAUCCAAAAAACACACCCGAACUGGAAGGAGCAAUGCCAGAAGAGUCCCUCUGGAUGAAUCUCAUGACGCCUCCCUUGCUAAUGCUGAAGAUGACCCGGACGACUUCACUAGACGCCUUGAAGCCCAGUUUGCCAAGAGCCCAACCAAUCGACUGGAAAACCUGGAUGUUGAUGACGAGGUGCAUGAUAAUUCAGUCCUGCCAACGGUUGAAAAUUAUAAAGGCCUAGUGAAGGAGUGGACAAGAAAGCGUAUUACAUCAGUUCAGGAUUUGCAGAAAAAGGUGACCUCAGUUCCCCCCCAUAUCCUAACUGAAGCAAAAGCCAUCAAGAAACUUUAUAAACAUCACAAGAGGAUGCUGGCGAUGAUGGGUAACAUCACGACAUAUACCUUGGAUAAAGCUUUGGGCGAGCUCGGAGGUACUCGGUUUCCUGAUGCAUAUCGUCUUUGGUUGAAAUUUUCCAUUGAGGCUCGAAAACUGAAAAUGCCCCGCAAAUACCAGGCUGGAAAGGCAUUAGGACAACGAAACCGUAAGCUUGGUGCUGCCUGGAAAGCCCUGUCGGUGAAUCAAAAGCGUGUGUUUCACCCGCGGGUCUUCUACACCUUGUCUGGCCUUCCUGCGCCAACUAGCGACUUCGACACUGAUGAUGAAGAAAAUGGACCAACCGACUUGUCUCCUGACGAACUUCCCAAGUACAAUCAACUAUCAUUGAAGUGCGUUGAGAAGCUGCAUAAUCAGCAAGUUCAGUUCUCAUUUUCUUGCUUCCUACCCUACAAGAUUGAAAACGAGGCAAAUCGUAUGGACUUUGGGUACUAUUUCCUUGCUUCUAGUACCCAUCCUGCUACUGGAGGUGAUUCUGCGGAUCCAGGGUGGUGUAAGGAGUUUACGUCGAAUGAAGAGUUGGCAGAUUACGUGCGUAUGAAGAGCAAUUUCCCGACUAUAUUUGCUGCACAGACCCAAGGUAUUUCCGUCGACAAAGUCAUUGCUAGUGCAAUUGGGAAAACAGAAAAAAUGAAAAUGAACUGUAAGCGUGUGGACCCUGGUGAUAAGGUGAAGAGUGACUUGGCAGCAUUGUUGAAAUCUGAUUUAGUGUUAAAAUUUGUCCCACCAGGGUUUCCUCGUGGACCGGACCCAGGGAAGCUUUUGUUGGAUAAGGGAUGGAAGGUGAAGAUCAAGCAGUUGCCUGGCUCUAGCCUACCCCCCGAAGUGUUGAAAUUAGGCUUUAAUGCAAUGAACAGUCGCCGGUCGCUCUGGUUGAAUGAUCUCCAGGCUGGCCUAUUUCGAUUCGAGAAGAUUCCCGAGGACGAGGAUGAUGAUUUGGAUUACAUGGUCACUGAUCAUCAGGAGGAACCAUUGGAAAAAGAUGAAGAGCUCACGGUUGGAAUUGAGGAGGAACUAGAGUGGAAUGGAAUUGGUGAAGAUGAGACUUAUGAGGCUUAA